CGUUUGACAGUUGACAGGGAGAUUUCAUGCGAGUAUGAACAGACCUCAAAAUCCACAUAGCCGCUGGAUAUGCAUAUGAACCAUAGGAACACGAAGAGAAAAGCAAAAGAUAAACAUUGUGGGGUCAUCGUUGCAGGCAGUUGAUGAUUUUCAACGAAAAAUAAAGCAUAAUGAGUACUGCAGAAGAAUUUAGUCCACUCGAGUUAAUAUCUGAAGGGAAGAACAAGACGCAUGUAAAAUGCAACCAUUGUGGCUCGGUAAUUCUGAAAUCGGGUACUGCCGACUACGUGGAAAAGGAGUUUGAGCUGCCGGAACCGUAUCGGAAUCAUACGCGCGAAGGUGUUGCCGAGUUUGUUUGUGAAAAGUUUAAGGACUUUUGGGAGGUCCUUGAUAUGUACACUUUCGAGAAUAUUUGCUUUUCGAAAACGGUGGACAAUGUUAAAUAUCUGAUUUGUGCUGACUGUGAAAUCGGCCCCGUCGGGUACCAGGAUCUGCAGUUGAAACGGUGCUAUAUAGCACUGCAGCGUGUGAAGCACGAGGACACGUGAAGCUGGUUGGGUGAUGAACGUGAGAGAAUUUUCUUAUAAUUUCCAUGCAGUGUUUAAAGAAAGGCUAGUUAGCCAAUAGUUCGA